AUUAAAAUAAAAUAAAAGAAAAGUAAAAAAGCCUUAAAACUGUGAUGCGAAACUAAGCAACGAAACAUCGAACUACGAAGAGGAGAGAGAAAGCGAAGAACAAAAAAGUGAUUUUAAGAAAGAGAGAAACAUCCAACAAAAUCAAUUUGCAAAAGCAAAUAUUGUACAAGUUAAUUCAAUUCAAUUUCGAGAGUCCCUAAUUCCUACAAGUUUGACUACAAAAUUUUCGUAUUAGGGUUUUGUAUCAAAAACCCUAAUUGGUACAGUUCAAUUCGAAAUUGAAGAAAUUGUGUUUAUAUAAAUUAGGGCUUUUACUUCAAUUAGAUUCUCGACGCCUUAUUUUGGAGGAUCUACUUCAACUAGCUCAUGAUCAACGUUAAUUGGUUCGUCAUUGUUGCACAGAACAAGUGAAGCACCGUCAUUGUGCUUAAUUUAGGUCAAUUUAUUGGGUGUUUUGAUUGCUGAUUAAUAAUAAGUGUUUGUCUUUUUGCAUUGGGAAGAAAGUAUGUACUGGGGUUGAAAUUAUGAAUUGAUCUUCAUAUGGUGAAACGGAUGCACUCUUUGGAUCUUGACAAUCUAAGAGUUGAAAAUGAAUAUUCAGACGCGUGUGUCAGGUCAGAUUUCUGGACAGGUACCUAACCAGGCCAGUAAUCAGUUACCUGGCAUACCUCAGCAGAAUGGAAAUACAUUCUAUACACAGGUGCAAAAUCUAGUUGGUCAAAGUAAUCCAUCAGUAAUGGAUCCCGAAGUUUUAAAAAUUCGUCGGAUGAUGCAAGAUAGGAUCUAUCAGAUUCUAAUGCAGAAGCAGCCACAAUCAAAUGACAUUUUUUCGAAGAAAUUGCAAGAAUUAUCAAAACGCUUGGAAGAGGGGCUUUUUAAAUCAGCUCCGACAAAGGAAGAAUACAUGAACUUGAGUACUCUUGAAAGCCGUUUACAGACUAUAAUUAAGCGAAUACCACAGUCAAAUCAUGCUCCUCAGCCUUCACAAUUUAUGCAUUCUUCUACUCCAGUUGGUACUAUGAUACCCACACCUGGUAUGCAACAGCAACACAACGUAAAUUCAAAUGUGAUGGCAUCUUCAACAGUGGAUCCUUCCAAUAUGAUCACAAGUAGUGGGAGUGGCAUGUCGUCCUCAAUUCCAGGUACCGGCGGCUUUAUGCCAAACUCCAAUGGGCCCUUUUCCGACAUUCGUGGUGGUUCUUUCCAUGGAGUUGAUGGGUCUCUGUCCAAUGGUUAUCAGCAAUCACCAUCUAGCUUUCCCAUGAAUUCUAGCAAUAGCAACUUGAUGACUGGGCAGAGAGUUAUGAGCCAAAUGAUUCCUACUCCAGGGUUCAGUAGUAAUAACAAUAAUCAGACAUUAAUGAAUGUGGACAACUCUAGCAACGGUGGUGUAUUAUCUUGUGUUGAUCCUUCAGGUGUGUCACAACAGGGGCCUCAAAAACAUGUUGGUCAAAAUAGUCGCAUGUUACAGAAUCUUGGCAGUGCAGUAAACAAUGGUAUGCGGUCUUCUAUGCAAUCGAGGUUUCAAAAUGGGUCUGUGAACAGUGGAUUUGGGAACAAUGUACAACUGAUGAACAGUUCUGGCUCUUCAGAUGGCUAUCUGACGACACAAUCUUUUGGUGCUUCUUCUAGGCCUUUGCAACAGUCUCAUGAUUCUCAUCAGCGCCCUGCAAUGCAAGGUGACGGAUACAGGAUUGGUGCUACUGAUUCUACUGGAAGUGGGAAUUUUUAUAACACUGGUUCUCAGGUUGCGUCCUUGAUCAACAAUCAAGGUUUAGAUCAAAUGAAACCACAGAGCAGAUCUAAUUCUUUAAUGAGUCAAACAAAUGCCCAAGGUGCCGAAUCCGCUUCAUAUGUAAGGCCUCAAUUGACAGAACAGGUAGAAGAAUUAAAUUUCCAAUCAUCAAUUAGACAAAAUCAUUUACAGUCUUAUCCAAAACAGUAUCAACAACAGACUCAUCUGUUGCCACAGCAGCAGCAGAUUGCUUCAAGUCAUCAGCAGAAACAAUCCAGUGAUCAGCAACAACCUUUUGGGAGAAUUGAUCAAUUUUCUCAAGUGCAAACAACAUCUGAUCUUGGUAGUCGAGUGAAGUCUGAAGCAGGAAUAGAGCAUCCGAGUGAAGUUCUUCAGUCUCAAAUCCCAUCAGGGCAGCUCCAGUAUCCAGAUUCACACAGUCAGCUCCUUAAUGCGAAUGGAAAUCUUUCCAGAAUUUCUCAGUCAUCUUCUGUUCCAUCAAUGGCACACGAUAUGCACUCUACACUCUUACAAAAUUCUCGGCAAGUUAUCGGUGAUGAGGCUACAAAUGAAUACGGUAAUGCGGCUUUUGGUGUACAAUCAGAUGCACUGUUGCAUAGUCAAUGGCACUCUGAAGCAGAGCGACCAUCAUUGUCUGGAAAUGUAUCCAACGAACAACAUGUGCAAGAGGAGUUCCGUCAGAGAAUAGUUGGGCAUGAUGAAGCUCAAUGCAAUAAUUUGUCUUCUGAUGUAUCUAAUUUUGGCCAAACUGUUGCUUCUCAGAGUGCUGUAGAUCAAGCUAGAUUAGUUGGUGCAUCCAAUAGUUCGGGGAAGGAAUUACUUGAGCGUCAAUAUAGGAACCAACAAAGAUGGCUUUUGUUUUUGCGUCACGCACGUGGGUGUAGAGCACCCGUAGGAAAGUGUCUAGAGCGCACUUGUCCCCGAGUACAGAACCUUUUAAAGCAUAUAGAGAACUGUCAUAGUUCUUCUUGUCCAGAUCCUCGCUGUCGUCCUACUAAAACUCUAAUUAAUCAUCAUAGGCAAUGUAGGGAUCAGAACUGCCCUGUUUGUAUACCUGUCUAUAAAUUUAUUCAUGCUCAAAGACUUGCAUUUGCUCGCAAGAACUCUGAUUCUGGGUUGCAACGCGCAAGUUGCAGAUCCUCUGAAGUUGGAGAGUCUAAGGUUAAAGAUACUUUAAAACCUUCUGAAGUAAUUGUUAAACCUCCAGAAAACCAACCUGCUCUGAAACGCUUAAAGACAGAGCCUCCUUCCCAGUCUGUUCCUUCAGAGAGUGGAAGCAUAUUUGUUCCAGUUAAUGCCAAUAAAACAUCUCUUGUUUCCCAGAGUGUACAAUUAAAAGAAUUUGAAAAGAAUGAUAACAGUUUACUGGUUAAGUGCGAGUUCCCGGAUGUGAAGAUAGAGAAUCCUGUUGGUUCAAAUCCUAAUGUCACUGAAGUGAAGAACACUAUAGUUGAUACUUCUAAUCAGCCAUUGGAUGGUACAUCAUUUUCGGCUAAGGAAGAAAGUGUCAAAGUUGAAAAGGACAAUGGUCAAGUGCAACCAGAAGAGAUGGUUCCUUCUGAAACUGGAACGAAGUCUGGAAAGCCAAAGAUUAAAGGAGUGUCCUUAACUGAAUUGUUCACUCCAGAGCAAAUAAGGGAGCACAUCACUGGUCUUAGGCAGUGGGUUGGCCAGAGCAAAGCCAAGGCGGAAAAAAAUCAAGCAAUGGAACAUUCAAUGAGUGAAAACUCCUGUCAGUUAUGUGCUGUUGAAAAGCUGACAUUUGAGCCGCCUCCUAUCUAUUGUACUCCAUGUGGUGCUCGCAUAAAGAGAAAUGCAAUGUAUUACACCGUUGGAGCCGGUGAUACACGACAUUAUUUCUGUAUUCCUUGCUAUAAUGAAGCCCGUGGUGAUACAGUUGUUAUUGAUGGAAAUUCUGUUCUCAAGGCAAGGCUGGAGAAGAAGAAAAAUGAUGAGGAGACAGAAGAAUGGUGGGUUCAAUGUGAUAAAUGUGAAGCUUGGCAGCAUCAGAUAUGUGCCUUGUUUAAUGGAAGACGGAAUGAUGGGGGUCAGGCUGAAUACACUUGUCCAUUUUGUUAUAUGCAAGAGGUUGAAAGGGGGGAGCGUGUACCAUUGCCACAGAGUGCUGUUCUUGGGGCGAAAGAUUUGCCAAAAACUAUUCUCAGUGACCAUAUUGAGCAUCGACUAUUCAAACGAUUGAAACAUGAGAGAACAGAAAGGGCUAGAGUUCAGGGAAAAAGUUACGACGAGGUUCCUGGAGCAGAUGGAAUUGUUGUUAGAGUCGUGUCUUCUGUUGACAAGAAGUUGGAAGUCAAGCCACGGUUUCUAGAAAUUUUUCGUGAAGAGAAUUAUCCUACUGAAUUCCCUUAUAAAUCUAAGGUUGUUUUGCUUUUCCAGAAGAUCGAAGGAGUAGAAGUGUGUUUAUUUGGAAUGUAUGUUCAAGAGUUUGGCUCAGAAUCCCUACCCCCCAAUCAGCGCCGUGUCUAUCUUUCUUACCUUGAUUCAGUAAAGUAUUUUAGGCCUGACGUAAAAGCAGUGACUGGAGAGGCUCUCCGUACUUUUGUAUAUCAUGAAAUAUUGAUAGGGUACCUUGAAUACUGCAAAAAACGAGGUUUUACAAGUUGUUAUAUCUGGGCUUGUCCACCUUUGAAAGGUGAAGACUAUAUUUUGUAUUGUCAUCCUGAGAUACAGAAAACUCCAAAAUCUGACAAAUUGAGGGAGUGGUAUUUGGCAAUGCUAAGAAAAGCUUCAAAGGAAAAUAUCGUGGUUGAACUUACCAACUUAUUUGAUCAUUUCUUUACACAAACUGGCGAAUGCAAAGCCAAGGUCACUGCAGCUAGGCUCCCAUACUUUGAUGGUGACUAUUGGCCUGGUGCUGCAGAGGAUAUGAUCUAUCAGAUCAAUCAAGAAGAGGAGGGCAGGAAACUCAACAAGAAAGGAAUUAUGAAAAAGACUAUUACAAAGAGGGCUCUUAAAGCUACUGGGCAAACAGAUCUUUCAAGCAAUGCAUCAAAGGAUAUUCUUUUAAUGCAUAAACUUGGUGAAACAAUUUCCCCCAUGAAGGAAGAUUUUAUCAUGGUUCAUUUGCAACAUGCAUGCACUCACUGUUGUUUGCUAAUGGUUUCCGGUAACCGUUGGGUGUGCAAUCAGUGUAAAAAUUUUCAGCUCUGUGACAAGUGCUAUGAAGCAGAACAAAAGCGUGAUGAUAGAGAAAGACACCCUAUCAACCAGAAGGACAAACACCCACUUUUUAGGUCUGAGAUCACCGAUGUGCCAGAUGACACAAAGGACAAAGAUGAGAUUCUUGAGAGUGAAUUUUUUGACACCCGACAGGCCUUCUUAAGUCUUUGCCAGGGAAAUCAUUAUCAGUAUGAUACUCUACGUCGUGCCAAACAUUCCUCCAUGAUGGUGCUUUACCAUCUUCAUAAUCCAACUGCUCCAGCAUUUGUGAUCACAUGCAACAUAUGCCAUCUUGAUAUUGAGACUGGUCAAGGUUGGCGUUGUGAAACAUGUCCAGAUUAUGAUAUAUGUAAUUCUUGUUACCAAAAGGAUGAAGGUAAUGAUCAUCCUCAUAAGUUGACAAACCAUCCUUCCCUGGCUGAGCGUGAUGCACAAAACAAGGAAGCUCGACAACUACGUGUUGUACAGCUUCGGAAAAUGCUCGACCUGCUGGUGCAUGCAUCACAGUGCCGUUCACCUCAUUGCCAGUAUCCCAAUUGCCGGAAGGUCAAGGGUCUUUUCCGUCAUGGGAUACAGUGCAGAGUUCGUGCAUCCGGGGGUUGUGUUCUCUGCAAGAAGAUGUGGUAUCUUCUUCAACUUCAUGCUCGAGCUUGUAAAGAGUCUGAAUGUCACGUACCUCGAUGCAGAGAUUUGAAAGAACAUUUAAGGCGUUUGCAACAGCAAUCCGAUUCUCGUAGACGAGCAGCUGUGAUGGAAAUGAUGAGACAGCGAGCUGCAGAAGUCGCUGGUAAUUCUGGUUAAACUCUUUGUACAUAUUUUUGGGAGAAGUUAACGAAGAAGACCUUAUAGAUGUUGGUGAAUUAUGAAGAAUCCUCGGCCAAGAGGGAUCGACUUUCAAACGGUGGGAUAAGAAAAAUGGAUUUAUACCUCUGUACAGAUGAAUCAUGCAGAAUGGGUAAACCUUUUUUCACUGCAUUAUUAUAUGCUUCAUACAGUAAAAAAACUGGUAGGAAGAAGACGAGUGUGUUUCGCCGAAGCAUUCAUCCUCAAAGCUUACUAACAUCUCAUGAUAACCUAGCACCGGAGCUAUUGUUUAUCUUUUUGUGGUGGAUGAAAUGGCUAUUCUUUAAUUCGAUCCUUGUGUAUUUCCCUGCUAUAUCAUUAUUGGUUAGUGUCUAGUGUGUACUAUAUAGUUAAGUCUUUAUAUGUCUUACAAACCUUCCUGUUUUUGUGUAACGGUAGCGUAGGGGGCAUCUGUGAGUUCUAUGCUUGUUAGUUGUUACCUCCUAUGUUUUCCCCUUUUUUGUAGAUUUUGUUACACCUGAAACUUUUGGUGUAAAGAGUAGUCUUCAGUGUUAUAUUUCAUCCUUGAGAGUUUAAAUCUCGUCUUGUAGAAAAUAGUAUUUGCUGUACAACCGAGCUUUCAUCCCUUGUUCUAUCUUUCUGAUUGUGUAUCAACUUUAUUUCCAUUGAUUAUGUAUAGAUCUUAUGGUUUCCGA